GUUACACCUCAAGCAACGAUCGUCCUUGUCCCUUAGGCCCAAGCUGAGACCUUUUGGAGAAACUCCAUCGUCCUACAAGGUCCCAAGAGCCACCCCGAGGGUCUGCAGUAACACCCCGGCGUUGUCUAGUCUCGCAAUCCAUCCGGCAUUUGACCUGGUUUCGUGUUCUUGGAUUCUGGCUUUUUAAGGCCCUCAAGAAGCCGACCAGAAACGGUGCGGAGAGAGAACUUCAGGACAGGUCCGCCAACGCCACAGAGCCCCGCCAGUCGCCUCCCUCAAUCCCUUGCAAUUUUAGCCACGCCUCAACUACACCGCGAGACGGCCUUCUUGUCUCGUCCCGCCUCCGCAUUCAGCUUUGGAACUGGUCCUUGCUACCAUUCCCGAAACAUCCAGUCACAUUCACCUUCAGCUGAUGUCCCUCGCAGCCUGGCUCUGAGACCACCAUCAGUGCACGCCUGAGAUUGCGCAACAAACCCCUGUCAUCCUUAUCAACGCCAUCGACCGAGGUGGCACGUUGUUGAAAAAAGGCUUCGGUCGUGCUUGUUGGUAACCCGUGCAAUAUGGAAGCUGAGAUCCAGGCCCAAAUCCCCAGCAUCGACCAUGUGCUUUCGGAAUACUCCGUCGGAUAUCUCAAUCAUGCUUCCAAACUCUAUUUCUCAGAGGAUGACCCUUCUGCACAGUCUCCCCUGGCUGAAGCUCUUGAUACGGUGACUUCUCUGCUUGUGUCUGCGUCAGGAAACUUUUCAGAACAGAAUGAAGCUGCCAUUCGUAAUCUGGUCGAAAGAUUCAUUGCGAGGUUGAGUGAGGCCAAUGGCAUUGAUCCCGAGAGGAGACAGAUGCCGUUUACGGCCAAAAAGCUUGAGCAGACCAUCCAAGUCAGCUCGCAGCGGAACAUCUCAUCUACGUUGGGUCUGACGAGCUCAGGUGUAGAUCUCGAGGCCACCAAUGCCCGCAAAGUAGAAUCAAAGGUCGACAGAAAGAAACUUGAAAAGGCCGAGCGGAAGAUUCGGGCCAAGCAGGACAAGAAAGUCAUGAAGAAUGUCGAGUAUGAGGCGUCGAGAUUGCUGAACCAGCCAGACCCCACCCAAUCAUAUGAAGAGUUCUUCAUGACGGUCAACCCUUUGCAACUUGGUGCUGAUGCUCAAUCGAAAAGCAAAGACAUCAAGGUGGAUGGGAUCGACGUGUCCAUUGCAGGGAAACGUAUCUUGACCGAUACGUCCUUGACGUUGGCAUACGGUCGGAGGUACGGCCUGGUUGGUCAGAACGGUAUCGGUAAAUCCACGCUUCUACGUGCCUUGAGUCGGCGUGAAGUCGCCAUCCCAACACACAUAUCUAUCCUUCACGUCGAGCAGGAGAUCACGGGAGACGACACCCCGGCCCUUCAGGCCGUGCUUGACGCCGAUGUCUGGCGAAAACAUUUACUCGCCGAGCAAGAGAAGAUCACGAAGCAACUCGCAGCGCUUGAGGCCGAGCGGUCGACGAUGGCCGACACUUCAAAGGACGCCGGACGUCUGGACAAAGAAAAAGACGGGUUGGACACUACUUUGGGUGACAUUCAAGCCAAACUGGCCGAGAUGGAAUCAGACAAGGCCGAGUCUCGAGCUGCUAGCAUUCUUGCAGGUCUAGGAUUUUCGCCGGAACGUCAACAAUUCGCCACCAAGACAUUCUCGGGCGGUUGGCGAAUGAGGCUGGCUCUUGCACGAGCAUUGUUCUGUGAGCCAGAUUUGUUGCUUCUUGACGAACCUUCCAACAUGUUGGACGUCCCGUCGAUCACGUUCUUGUCAAACUAUCUGCAGACAUAUCCUAGCACCGUCUUGGUGGUCUCGCACGACCGUGCAUUUUUGAACGAAGUAGCCACCGACAUCAUUCAUCAGCACUCUGAGAGACUGGACUACUACAAGGGGGCCAAUUUUGAUUCUUUCUACGCCACCAAAGAGGAACGGAGAAAGAACGCCAAGCGCGAAUACGAGAAUCAAAUGGCGCAACGGGCACAUCUGCAAGCCUUUAUCGACAAAUUCCGAUACAACGCUGCCAAGUCGUCCGAGGCGCAGUCUCGUAUCAAAAAGCUUGAAAGGAUGCCGGUUUUGGAGCCUCCCGAGGCCGAGUAUACGGUCCAUUUCCGGUUCCCGGAUGUGGAGAAGCUUUCACCACCAAUUAUCCAGAUGUCGAACGUGUCUUUUGGCUACACCAAGGAAAAUCCGCUGCUUCAUAGCGUGGAUUUAGAUGUUCAACUCGAUUCCAGAAUUGGAAUCGUGGGGCCCAAUGGAGCUGGUAAAACAACUGUUCUGAAGUUGUUGAUUGGGCAGCUUCAGCCCACCUCUGGACUCAUAUCGCAGAAUCCUCGUCUCCGCGUCGGAUACUUUGCGCAGCAUCAUGUUGACGCCUUGGACAUGAACACGUCUGCGGUUGGAUUCAUGCAGAAAACCUACCCAGGCAAGACCGACGAAGAGUACCGGCGGCACCUGGGAGCUUUUGGUAUCACGGGGAUGACGGGGCUGCAGAAAUUGGAACUGUUGUCCGGAGGCCAAAAAUCCCGAGUCGCAUUUGCUUGUUUAUCCUUGACCAAUCCACAUAUCCUAGUGCUGGACGAGCCGUCGAAUCACCUGGACAUCGAGGCGAUGGACGCUCUCUCGGUUGCAUUGCAGCAGUUCCAGGGCGGUGUACUGAUGGUUAGUCACGAUGUGACGAUGCUUCAGAAUGUGUGCACCAGUCUGUGGGUCUGUGACAAGGGCACCGUCGAGAAGUUCCCCGGAGACAUCAACGCGUACAAGAAAAAGAUCAGUGCGCAAGCGAAUGAGGCGGGAGUUGUUCAAGCUCACUGAUCUGGAGGGGCGCAAUACGAGAGACAUAGAAAUAGCGAUGAAACACGGAAGCAAUGGCAUUGCUACUGCGCCGGGCGAAUUCCGCGAAUAGAUCUAUACGAAUACUCCUCCUUGUGACGCGUCUCUUGUGGCUUGUUGGCGAUAAGUUGAAGG